UUCUGAAUGAUAUCGACUUCGAGUAGCUAUCGAAUAUUUGAUCAAACUGAUCCAUUUAAAUUUGAUUUUUUCGAAUUUUAGUAACUAUUUUCUAAUAAUGCAAAAUAAUAUACAAUAGUUUACAACAGGUCAAAGAUUAUAUUAAAAUAAUCAUUAAUCUAGUUAAAUACAAAAACCUUUCACAUUUUUCCUUCGUAUUAUUAUGUAUUAUAUCAAAUUUAAAAAAAUACUUUGAUUUAACACUAUAUACUAAGUUAGUUUGUAGUGAUCCCACAACAAUGUACAAAAAAUGACAAAUGCACACGGGAAAACAUAUUAUAAAACAGUAAAUAUAUUAUGGUUUUGAAAGUAUGCAAAACUUAAUGUACUUAAUAUAUUCAAAAAAUUAAUUUAAGAAGUAAUAAAUUGAGUUUAAACUUUUCGAUAUGAAUGUUUAGAGAUAGGUGUUUAAAAUAAUUCUUUAAAUAAGUUAAAUUUUUAAGGGCAGUAGUAUAAAAUUCUAUCAUUUGAAGUAUAUAUACGUACUAAAUUUAGUAAACUCAUCUAUUCAUAUAUUUAUAUUUGAGUUAUUGAAAUCAUUUAUACAUACUACCGAGAAAUAUAUUUACAUCAUACGUUGAAACCGAGGUGAUAUUACUACUUCUUUGCAUUGUAUAGUGAAUGACGCAUACUAGUAUGGAAGACUGUUUUGAUGUAAUACGCUUUUUACCUGUGACGUGUUUUAUCAAUUUAAGUGUUCUUGAUAUUUUAUUAAUUAUUAAUUGAUUUGUGGUAGAAUAUAUUACACGAAGUAGUAUGUUUGGAAAGAGAGAGAAUUCAAAACGACAAACAAAACCCACUGGCAGUCUUGUACAAUAUGGAAUUUUCGAUGUACCAGCAACGUUAGAUGAUAUAGGUAAUGACUUUAUGAAUGACGAUGACGAUUUAGAAGCUGAAUUAAUAGCUUUAACAUCUGGUGAUGACAAUGUUGGAAAAUCUAGACGUGCUGCAUCUCGUAAACCAGUUCUUAAAGAAAAUUUAGAUGUAAUGGUAACUGAAAGUAUGAAAGAUAUAAAUUUUGAAGAAGAGGUAUCUGAUGGAGAGGAUGAUCCAGAAUUAUUGAGUGAACUUAAAAUGAUUACGAAUGAGGGAAUUUCUGAGUCUAUAACUCCAGAGAAAGAAGAAAGUUUAGUAGCUGAAAACACAGAACAGUCUGAAACACAAAAUGAUAAUGAAAGUAUAAUUAAACUCUUAAAAGAAAGAUUACAACUUUAUGAGAUUGCUGAAAAAAAAGCAAAACGAGAAAAUGAAUUAAGUCGAGCAAGAAGGUUUAGCAGAGGUAUUAAGACACUUACAGAAUUAUUGAAAAAUGCUGAGGCAGGGAAAUCUAUUAGCGAAAACGAUAUACCACCGGAAUUACCACCACACGCUACAGCUGAAACAACUGAGAAAGUACUAGUAACUAAUAAAACAGAAUUUACAGAAGAAACUACCACUGCAGCUGAGGCUGAUACUUAUCCUGCAGAAAAUAAUACUGUUGAAGAGUCUGCUCCAAUAAAAAGUAUAGAUGAAGAGGCAUUAAAAUUAUUGAAAGAUAGACAGCAACAAUAUAAAAUGGCAGCAAUAGCAUGGAAAAGAGCUAGUAACAUGAAAGAGGCUCUCCAAUGUUUAAAUAUAGCCAAACAUUUUGAUAUAGUUAUUGCAGCAGUAAAUGCAGGAGAAACAGUUGAUUUAUCAGAUAUGCCAGCUUCUCCAAAUCUGCCUGGAUUAGAUACUACUACAGUAUCAACUGAAAAGUCAGAAAAAACAGAAAGUGAGACACAGGGGAAGUCUUCUGAAGACAUUCCCUCAACAGAAGUGAAACCAUCAAGUUCAGAAAAUUUAGAGGUUGCUUUAAAAGAACGUCUUGAAGCAUGUAAAAAGAUAAAAGCGACUGCAGAAGGUGAAGGAAACUCGUCUAAAGCUCGCAGAUAUGGCCGCAUUUGCAAACAAUUUGAAGAUGCUAUUAAAUUAUAUGCUCGUGGAAAACUCGUUCCUUUUGAUGAAUUACCUACUAUACCUGGUUUUGAACCCCUUACAGUUCCUUCGCAAUCUGUACCUGAUCCAGCAACAGAUAAAAAUGGAAAACCGUCAGAUUUAAUAACGCCAACCAGUACAGAAUCUAAGCUACCUGAAAAUAAAGUUUCUUCAGAUCCAAAAGUUCCUGUCCCUCCUGCAAAAGCAGAAAUAGGGAAGAAGCAAAAUCAAAAGACAUCACGUGCUGAGAAACAGUUAGCUUUAUUACAACAACGCCAACAUGAAUUAAAGCAAGCUGCUCUUAACGCAAAAAAAGAAGGAGAUAUAGAAUUAGCCCGUACUUAUCUAAGACAAGCAAAAGGAAUGGAUCCAUUGAUCGAAGCUAGUAGAGGAGGCUUACCAGUUGAUAUGAAUUCUAUACCAUUGUCUCCAGCAGCAAAAACUGAGCUUAAUGCAGAUAGUAUAAUAGGUUUAUUGGAUGAUAGUUUUACGGUAGUCGAUACUGAAGAUUGUUCAGAGAAAGUAAUUGGAACGGAUGAAGAAAUUUAUGAGAACCUUGAGUCACAAUUAAUGAAACAAAUUAAGUGGUGUUUAUGCACCAGAGAUCAUUGUAAAGCAUUAGGAGAUGUAUCUGGAUAUAAUAAAUGGGAACGUCUAGCACUGAAUUAUAAACGAGAUUUAGAUAUGCUAACAGUUCGAAAACGUGAUGCACUACCAUCGCCACAACAUCAUUACGAGAUAAAAACUCAUACUAUAGUUCAGAGUUGCACAGAUUUAAGCGAUAGUGACAUAGAAAUUUCAAUAAUUAGGGGAAUAAAUUAUUCGAAAGAUGCGGAUACUUAUGUCAUAUUUGAAUUCCCUUAUCCUUCAGAUAGUCCUCCAUCAGAUAGAACGGCUACUGUUAAAGGAACGUGUAACCCAGAAUAUGAAGCAGUAUUUCCAUUAACUGGAAUAGAUCGUUUAUCAAGACAGUGUCAACGAACAUUCAAAAGACAUGCAUUAAAAUGUCAAGUUUGGGCUAAAGGAUGCUCGCUGAAUUCCAUCCUGUGUUGCAUUAACUCAAGAGGAUUUUUUAGAAGCGAUAGUCUCUUAGGUACAGUAACAGUAAAAUUACAACCCUUGGAAACUCAAUGUGUACUUCAUGACUCGUUUCCGUUAAUGGAUGGAAGGAAGCCAACAGGUGGGAAACUUGAGUUAAAAAUACGUUUGAGAAAUCCGAUUGUUACAAAACAGAUAGAAAAGAUUACAGACAAGUGGCUGGUUAUUGAUUAUUGAUUAAUAUCCUAGAAUUGCGAUUGUAAAUUUAUUUUGUCAGCGAUCGCACCAUCGAGGCUUUGGAAAUGUAACAUGCUGAUCAAGAUGUGAUAGAAAUAUGUAUUUUGUUUUAUUAACAGCUUUAAUCAAGUUGAUAUGAAUAUGUAUAUCAUCAACAAAAAAAAUAACUUGUAUAAUAUAACAUAAGCAUUCAGCCGACAUAGAAAUAUAAUAAAUAAUAAAUAUGUACAGAAGCAUAAUUUAAUAUGUAAAUAUUGAAGCACAGUAUGCAAAAAUUUGUAAACAUCAUGUAUGUAUGUGUGGCUGAUAAUUAUUUUUUUAAUCUUAAUAUAUAGAAACAAAUGGUAUAUUCCUCUGCUUUGUUUUUUUCUAUUAAAUUAUGAUUUGUUAUAGAUCCUAGCGAAUAACUUGAAUGAUCAUUAUGAGCAAUUUUAUAAAUAUAAUUUUGUAAUCAUUUAUUGUUUAAAUAAAGAAAUUGAAAAUUA